AUGGCACAGACACUGAAGACGAAGCCUGCUGAAUCUUCAACCUUGUCAACUUGCAUUGCUGGAAACUCGAACCCUCGUUCAGCAUCUCCAAUCAAGACACAAUCUCCAAGUAAAAAAGACGCAUGUAUACCAUCAAAUCCGUCUGCUUCCAAAACAACUAAUACAAACAAGCAAUUUCACUCACCAGUAGUUUCAUCUGGAACUGGAUUAGUAAGACGAAAUGAUUCCAGGUCAAAACAGAAACAAGAUACUCAAACCCAGCUUCGUAAUACUCCGCCAAACACUUGUGUUGAAUCUCAAACGCAUGCACAAUCUCAACAAGAUCCUUGGCAUUCUUCAGAACCAUUUCAGAUUAAUGAUACAUCCAGAGUCGAGUGCUUCGAGGCAGUUCGCGACUCUUUAGAUCAAGACAAACUUGAACAGAUUCUAAUUAGUCAGGGAUAUUUAAACCCAGACUUUGGAAAUAGUCUAGCUCAAACCCAAAAUACAGAGCCUGAUCUUGCUUUAGAGAGAAAGAUUUCAAAGUUUCUGGAACUCAGGUCAGAGGGCAUAUAUCUAAAUGAUCGGCUUGUUAACACGCAUGCAUUCAGAAAUCCCUCGAUUAUGCGUAAACUGAUUGAAUUUUUGGAACUGGACGAGAUUGGCUCAAAUUUCGACAAGGAGAAAUAUAAUCCUCACGGAUUUCCCGAAAGUGCAUUCUACAAGAAUCUUGCCAUAGCACAAGAGAAAUCUCCAAUCGUUGUAAAACCGUUUCCAACCAACCCCACAGAAGCAAUUGAAUUUGCAAAGGAGGGAAUCAAGCAGUUUGUUUCAUCCACGUCAAUAGAUGAGAAUAGCACAAUUCAAGGCGGGAUAGCCGCUUCUAAGAAACGCAAGUCGAAAUGGGACCAGUAA